GCUAGAUCAGCUGAGUACUGUUAUAAAUAUAGACGAACUCACCACUUAUACAAUUCAUUGACAGUUUACAGAGAGUGUUGGCAAUCGACACACUGACACGGUAUCUCAGUCGACCAACUACACUUCCAAAAUGUUAAACGAGAGUUUGGGAAGCGAAUAUUUUGAUUAUUUGCCGAAUAAUCCUCUCCGUGAUCCCUUCAGAACAGCAUGGGUGCACAUGAUCGACAACUACACGAAGUUUCAAAUCGCAACAUGGGGAUCUUUGAUUGUCCACGAGGUGGUGUACUUUGGCCUGUGUCUUCCUGCAUUUAUCUUCCAGUUUAUUCCCUUCAUGAACAGAUACAAGAUUCAGGCAGACAAACCAGAGACGUUUGAUAAGCAGUGGACAUGUUUAAAGCUGAUUAUGUUCAGUCAUUUCUGUAUACAGCUUCCAAUGAUGACAGGGACGUAUUUCUUCACUGAAUAUUUCAACAUUCCUUAUGACUGGGACAGUAUGCCUCCAUGGUGGAAUCUGGCGCUGCGUUGUUUCGGCUGCGCUGUCAUUGAGGACACUUGGCACUUCUUCCUCCACUGGGCCCUCCAUGACAGGAGAGUAUACAAGUACAUCCACAAGGUCCACCACUACUUCCAGACCCCGUUUGGAAUGACUGCUGAAUACGCACAUCCACUGGAGACAAUCAUUCUUGGAUUUGGGUUCUUCAUUGGGAUCCUGACCUUCACCAACCACAUGAUGCUGAUGUGGGCGUGGGUGACGGUGCGGCUGAUGGAGACCAUCGACGUGCACAGCGGCUACUACUUCCCCUACCUUAACCCCUUCCACCUCUGCCCCUUCUACGCAGGAGCCAAAUUCCACGACUUCCACCAUAAGAACUUCAUCGGUAACUAUGGCUCCACGUUUACAUGGUGGGACAAGAUAUUCGGCACCGACUCGCAGUACAACGACUACUGUGCCAAGCUCGAGGGCAAGAAGAAGGUGCAGUAGAUGUCCCAGGCACUGUGUGUGGUCUCCAAUCAACAGGGCACCGCUGAUACAUAGGCCCACAAUAACACUCUGAAGUUGAGCCUGGCUCAUCCUUGCCACAAACCUAUCUUACUGCUACAACUAUCAUAAGUAAAUGAGAUAUUUAAGCGAUUGUGUUAGGAUGGUUUUGUUAAAGAGGUAAUAGGUAUCUUGGUCAUAGAAUGUGAACCAGGAUUUGUAUCGGAGUGCCAGGCCAGUACUGGUGCCUUCAGAAUGUCACAUAUAUACACUUAAGGAUACUGAGAUACUUCAUAGGACUACAUCUACAUAUUUAAGUGAGUAAUGUAAUAAUAGGCAGGGAAAGCAAUAAGAUGAUAACAAAUAUCACUGUCAAGAGUUUAGUGGUAUAUUUAAACCAAAUAUACCAUAUAAAAAAAUAUUUUACACAAACACAAAGUACACUGUUUGGUGGUAAGGCCCCCUCUGAAGAGCAGCUGGAAAUGAAUUAAAUUAAACAUAAAAAUAUUUAUUUUUAGUAUGUGUAGUAAUAUAGAUCCUCUUAUACAAUAAAAACUGUUAUUUAUUAAUUCCAUGUCUACAUCACUGUCAGUGAUUCGAGAAGCCAGCUGCAGUUUUAACUCCACAGCAGAAUGACUUUCAUAUCAAUAAAUAAAUGAUUGACAUAGCUAUUUAUGUUUAUUUUGACCCACCUUGUGUGGAAAAGCAGGUGGCCUAAAGGGCUUUGAAGUGAUGUUAGGCUCAUCACCUAUCACAUUGUUUUGUGUUAUCGUGCAUCCACAGUGCUGUCGGUCACACAACAUGUAACAUGUUAAUGGCUAGAUCAGCCUUAAUGGUGUAUUCCAUAUAAACAGAACAAUCUUGUUUACUUUGGGAACUAAUCUGAAGUUGUUUAUUUUUUAAUAAAAUAUUCACCUGAGAUCUUUUUUAUUUCUGUCCUAAAGCAAGAUGCUAACUUGUUGUGGGGUGUAAAAUGGGCUGUAAGGCCUACUUUAAUAAUAAGUUCCUCUGUUUGAUUUUGUUUACCUGAUAAGAUCUGAUGAAGGAUUUAUUUAAAAUAUUCUAUUCAAAUAUAUACACUUUGUGAAAGUCAAAUGGUGAAUCCAGGCUUUUAAUUCUUUGAUUGGCAGAGUAAUUGGGUAAGGUGAUGAGAAGCAAUAUUUAUUGACAUCUUUGCUUUUAACCGGUGCAAUGUUUUGGUGCACAUUAUAGUUCAGGCCCACCCACUAUGUAACAAGGAAUAUGUUGUUAGUUAAUUAAUUGUUAUAAUUAAGACUUGAAAUGUUAUUCUUACCUAAUUGAUCAAUCUGGUCGAUGUGGCGUCAUCAGCUCCAGUCGACAGGUAUAUUGUAGGUUGUGACUAGUCUCAGAGAGACAUGGCUAAUGUCAUGAUCAGAAGGAUGUCGGAAGUAUUUGUGUGUUUGGUCGUGUGUUUGUUUCACAAAUCAUUCAAAAUAUGUCCUUGAAACUAUUUAGCAUUCAUAUGGACACUUCGCUGACUAUGUAAUCAUCAUGACAAAGACCUAACUGACAUGUAAGUUGGAUCUCAGAAAUUGUGAUGUUUGCUACCUCAAAAUAUUCAUUUCUUGCUUUGAAGUACAGAAAUGAUCUUGAAUGGGCAGAGAACACUUCUGUUGAAGGUUUAAUUCCACAUUUAUUGAUGCUACUAUGAAGUUUGAAUCUUGUCCCACCAAAUGAAUACGUGUCAUCUUCAUCAUAAUCAUCAUCAGAUUGUGUGAUAACUCAUAAAUGUACAUGUUUACUAUUUAUUCAUCAUGUGUAUAUACACUCUUUGUUGAUAAUAAAGAGCAAUUUCAAAUGGUC